CACCCCGCAAAAACCCAAAAAUACCCUUUAGUCUACCGUUGAUUGAAACACCCUCAAACUUCCCAUACUGUUGGUUUCCUCGGUUCGUGAAAAUUGAAGAACAGAAAUUGAAAACGGGGAUUGAAGAACGAAAAUUGAAGAAUGAAAAGGAUGGAAACUAUGGAAAAGGCAUUUUCUCGUUGGGCCCAGGGCAGCGCCCCUCCUAUCGUGGCUCAGGGACAGGCCUGAGAAAAGGAGAGGGAUUUGUUUGAAAGAGAAGAAGGAAAAGAGGAUCAGUGAAAGUGGUGAUGGCAGCGGCGACUUCUUCGUCAUUGAAAGAGUAUUUGAAGAAGUAUGAAAGUAACAGUGCAGCAGAGGAGAAGAAGAAGAAAAAAAAGAAGAAAACUAAAGCAGUAGCUGCUGGUGUGCUUGUUGUGGAUGAAGAUCCUGUGUGGCAAAAGCAAGUCAAUCUUGAAGAAGAUGAAGAGAAUGAUUCACCUGAUGAGAAGCCACAAGUUGAUGAAGACAUAGAAGUUAAAAGGAUGAAGAGGUUGGAGCAGCUUAGAGCUAGGCGUUCUUACAAUGAAAUCUCUGAAGAUGGUAGUGGCUGGGUUCCAAUUUCUGAUACUCCAAUGGACUCAACAAAUCUUGAUUCCUCACCUCGUAAUCGGAAAGCUAGGUAUGACCCACCUUCUCCUGAGCAUGGGAUGGAUGCUUCAGAUUCAGGUAGAAAAGAACUUACUGAUCUGUCACCACCACGACAGCGUCGCCAACGCAAUGACAGUCCCUCACCAGGGCCUAACGGUCUUGGUAGAGAAGGCUCUGAUCUGUCACCACCUCGACAACGCCAAAAUCUCAAUGAUUUUCCAUCAUCUAAGCACGUAACAGAGUCCUCGGCUGCCAUUGAAGAAGUCGAUUUAUCACCACCACGGCAGCGCCGUAGGCGCUAUGACUCUCCCUCACCAGAACGCAGGACCAAGGCUUCAAAUGCAGAGGACAGUGAUAUGUCCCCUCCACGUCGGCGGGGACAGGUUCAUGGUUCCCUUUCACCCAUGCCUCAGAAAAAUUCAUCAGUUUCUGGUGUAAGAGACUUUGAUAUGGAUGAUUUGUCCCCUCCUCGUCGAGAACGUCGCGGUUCUUCAAAAAUAAACGAUUCACGAGUUUCAGAGGAUCUUUCUCCUCCGAGGAAAAGUCAAAAGGGGAUUGAUAAAAGGGGCGGAAGAGAAAAUAGUGUAAGAGGAAGGUCUAUUGAACCAGAUUUGUCACCUCCUAGAAAAAGCAAAGAACAGAAGAAAACAGGCUUGAUUACUGGCAAAGAUGUCAGUACAGAGAUUGCGAAAAUUAAAAAAGAUGAAUGGUCGAGAUUCAAUGAGAUGGAUCCUUCUACAAGCGGAAGAGGUGCUGUACCAGUAUAUCGUUUCAAGGGAGAACGCAUAUCAAAGGACGAGUACUUGAAGCUAACCAAGAAAGAAGAAAAGCCCAAGAAGGAGGAGAAGAAGCUGGAAUGGGGUAAGGGCUUGGCUCAAAAACGUGAAGCUGAAGCUAGGCUUCUUGAGCUGGAACUUGAGAAAGAGAAACCAUUUGCACGGUCCAGAGAUGAUCCAGAACUUGAUAUCAUGAUGAAGGAUAGACCUAGGUGGGGUGAUCCAAUGUUACAUUUGGUCAAGAAAAAACAAUCGGACUUGCUUCUUUCAGACUUGGGUGAUAAUGAGAAGAUGAGGGAGUCUGGUUUCAUUAUUCCCCAAGAUAGACCUACUCACAGCUGGCUCAACAGGGGUGUCGAUUAUGAACCUAAUAGAUACGGCAUCAAACCCGGGAGACAUUGGGAUGGAGUUAAUCGUAGUACUGGAUAUGAAAAGCAAUUGGUCAAGAGGACGAAUGAAAAACGAGCUACUGAACGAGAAGCCUAUCUGUGGUCUGUAGCAGACAUGUAAAGAUGGCAAGGCUCAAUGAUACUAGAACCUCUCUCCUGCAAUGAUAUUGAAUCUCUUCGCUCUUUCAGGUUACAUGCUUUCAUAUCGUCUUUUUUCAUGAUUUUUGUGCUACUUGUAAAUGUUCAAUCUUGAAUUUCAUAAACGCUGCGGAUUUUGCAGUAAGUCUCAACUCUAUAUGAUAACCAAGAAACUCCUUGACAGCAUCUUUGCUACUACUUGGAUGUUACCAAUUCAGCAGUUGCAGCAAUGAAGUACCCCGAAAGUGACUGUUGAUUAUAUACUGUAUUAGUUUACCAGCUAUUAAUGAAGAAAUGAAUUCAAAAGACAAGCUUUUGGUGUGCGUUUCUUCUUUCUUGUGCUAACCAAUGCUUAUGCUGAAUUAUAAUUCAUACAGAAACAGAACCAUGCGGGAGCUUCAAGUGGAAGAACGAACUGAGACGUUUCAGUAGGAUCAACCCUGUCUGUAUCCAUGACCUUUCGUGGAUUCGCGCAACUAUCUGUUUAAAAAUACAAUGACAAGACGUGGAGAAGUUCAAUUGUAAGACAAUGACAAGGUUGAGAGUUUGAUUCUGAUAAUCACAAUUGAUAACUCUGUUAAUUUCUGAAAAUCAGAAUUUAGAAAAAAAAACCAAAAUCAAGUGGAAAUGUUUUUGUAGAUUGUUCUUUGUAAGUUUCACUGUCCAUUUCGACACUCCAUAUAAUUUAUGUGACAAAUGUUCAAUUAUGUGUCUUA